AUGGCGAAUAUUGGGAAUUUAAGCCAGCAGCAAAAUCAAAGUAACAAUACAUCCAACGAUAAUUUAAACCUGCUCGACUUUCAAAUCGUGUUCCUCACUUUUACCAUUAUAGCUACAGUGUUCGGCAACAUCCUUGUACUCGCAGCCAUAUAUUACGACAGUCGUUUGAGAACUGUGACAAAUUAUUUCGUCGCUUGCCUGGCCUUAUCAGACAUUCUUGUGGCUUGUUUUAGCGUCAGCAUUCGUCUGUUGACGAUUUUUGAAAGUCGUUAUGGUCGCGUCGACAGAAGCGCCCUGAACCUCCAUGUUUGCAGAUUUUUGAUAUGGAUCGACAUCUUUUGCGAAGCGGCGUCAAUUUAUACCCUAACAGUGAUCAGUGUCGAUCGUUAUUUCAAAAUUAGCCGUCCGUUUCAGUAUCGCGAAAAAAUGACAAAAACAGUUGCUGUUAUCAUAAUCAUUGCCAUAUGGGCACUUGCAGCGCUACUAGCAGGCCUUGGGUUCGUUCGCUUCGGAAACGCUGAAGGGGUUGUACUUUUAGAUAGAUCGUGCAGGAACAGUAAUAAAAUAUUCUACACGAUGGCAGCUGUAGUAGCAUUCUUCUUUCCAUUGCUAAUCCUCAUAAUCAUGUAUACUUUGAUAUUUCGUAUUGCAUUGUAUCACUUCAAGAAAGAGAAUGCGAUGACAAUGGUAGAUCCAGUCUCUGGGAAACAACUUCACUAUUCUGCAUACAAAGAUCUAAAAGCCACUCGGACUUUAUUCAUAGUCGUGAACACGUUUGUAAUAUGCUGGGGACCAUUCUUUGUGUUGUUUCAAAUUGCACAACAUCAACCAAAAGUGUUGGAAAAACUUGGAAACAAAACACACACGGUGCUGAUAGUCGUGUUUUUCACCCUUCUGCCGUAUGCGAACAGCUUCUUCAACCCAAUAAUUUACGCUUGCUUCGACAGAAUUUACCGCCGAUCAUUUCGAAAAAUACUCCUCAAAAUGAUUGGCCGUUCCGAGUACCUGGCGAAUACGAAAGACUAUAACAGUCGGGGUCGGCAGCGAAACACGUCAGUCUUUGAAUUAACGAUUGCACAACCACGCGAAAGUAUGAUCAGUUUCACAGGUAGGGAACCAGCAGGCAGCCACGACGAGAAAGAGCGUUUUCACCAUGGGAACUCAAAGAAAUUUCAUGAAAAUGGAAUUGCAUCGUCGCCAUCGGGAGUGUUGAGUGAUUUAGGUCCCGACGAAUCUGAUGAUAUGCUAGUUUACCACGAUAAAUAAGUUCCAAGCAGCAACUGGUCUUAAUAAACAAUUGGAUAGUACAAUCUGUUUUUAUCUCGGAACACAAAAUAGACUUAGACAUUAACAAUUUCACGCUUGCUAUGUAAAAACGCACCCUAUAUGGUUAGAUUAUACAAUAGUUGCUUCUGUAUGACAUGAAUGUAUAUUUAAUCAGAUUGCUCGGUG